AUGUUGUGGGGGGAGGCAAGAGACGACACUCGGACGGGUGUCGCGGCCCGCCAUAGGCGGCCCGCACGUGGCCCCCGCGAAGCUUCUUUCCUUCGCCGCCACAUACAAGGCGUCCGCUGGUCCCAAAACAACUCGCUCGCCUCGAGUUUAACCACUGGCCAUUCCUGUUAUCACUGGGUUCGACAUUCACGGUACUCCCCCUUUUUUGUUGUUCCGCCCGCUGACCCUGGCGACAGACGUGCGCUUCCCGACGUCGCUCGCGGGCGACGGCACGGACGCGAUGAACACGGACUGCGACUACUCCUCGGCAUAUGUCACGCUCCUCACCGACUCCGCCCUGGUGGGCCAUGGGAUGACGUUCACCAUCGGUCGCGGGAACGACAUCGUGUGUGCUGCGAUUGGCGCGGUCGCGCAGCCUGCCUGGUGGGCAAGGAGAGCGAGGAGUUAUUCAAGGAUAUGGGGAACACAUGGGAAUACAUAAUGGCGGACCCGCAGCUGCGCUGGAUGGGCCCAGAGGAGGGUGUGAUUCAUAUUGCGUCGGGCGCUCGCGCUGUGGGACGUAGCUCGUUAGCGCGGCUGCGUGUGGCGGACGCCAUUACCAAGGAGGAGGCGCUCGCGAGGCUCGAAGCGGGAUACACCGACGAGAAAGUUAUGAAGGUCGGGGCCGACCCAGCUGACGACCUUCGCCGCGGAAAACUCAUCCGCUCGCUCAUCGACAACCCCACGCCGCUGCCUCCAAACCACGCGCCGUCACCGCCAGAGAGCAUCGCUGGGAAGAAUGCUGGGCCGACCGGCGCGGUGCUCAUAAUCGACGCGAACCAGAUCUGGGACCUGGACCGCAACGUGCUGAGUACACCACGAGCACUUUGCCAAUCUUAA